AUGAGAAACCAAACCCAGGCACCAGAGUUCAUUCUGUUGGGGCUCACCAAUAUCCCUGAACUGUAACAACUCCUCUUCGGGGUGCUUUUCUUAGUUUACAUGUUGACCUUAAUGGGGAAUGUCCUCCUCAUCAUCAUCACCUGCACUGACAACUGCCUCCACAGCCCUAUGUACUUCUUCCUCUGGAACUUGUCCUUCCUAGAGAUCUGCUUAACCACAGCCAUCAUCCCCAGGAUGCUGAAAGAACUUAGGAUGGAGAGGAGAACAAUAUCCUUUGCUGCUUGCCUCUCAGAGAAUUUUUUCCUCUUUUUCUUUGGGGGUACAGAAUUUUUCCUGCUGACAGUCAGGUCAUUUGACUGCUAUGUGACCGUAGGCUGCCCGCUCUGGUAUAUGUCCAUCAUGAGCCAAAGGCUGUGCAUCCUACUAGUUAAUUUCUCCUGGAUGGGAGGUCUUCUCCUCAUCCUUACAUCUAUUGUCCUGACAAGCCAGCUCUCUUUCUGCAAAUCCAAAGUAAUCAACCAUUUCUUCUGCGACUAUACCCCCCUUCUGCAGAUCUCCUGCUGGGACAAGCAUCUCAUGGAGCUUAUCCAUUUCCUGAUGGCUUUCUUCACCCUGCUCAGCACCUUAUUACUAAUAUUAGUGUCCUACACCUACAUCCUCAUCACCAUGCUGCAGAUCCCCUCUGCCAAAGAGAGCCCUCUGCCAUGGGCUUUCUCCACCUGCUCCUCCCACCUCAUUGUCAUCUCCAUCUGCUAUGGCAGCUGCAUUCUCAUGUAUGUCAGGCCCAUACAGGACAAAGACCUGGACCUCAACAAAGACCUCGCCACCAUCAACACAAUGCUUGCCCCCUUGUUGAACCCUUUUAUUUACACACUACAGAACCAGCAAGUGAAGGAAGCACUGAGAGAAGUGGCAAGAAAGAUGUUUUCUCCCAAGGAUGCGAGAGUCUUCCGUUUAGUGCAGAAAUAA